AUGAGUGGUGUAGCGACAACGCAUAGAUUGGACAAACUUCCCCGUGAGAUAAUCUUGAUGAUAAUGAGCAAUCUUUCCUCAAAAGAUUUGUGGACAAAUGUGCGCGUUACUUGCCGAGUAUUUCACGACCUGUUGGUUAACUCUUACUUAUGGUUGAACAGGGUUCAGGAACUCGGUUUGGAACCUGGUCUCGAUCGGGAUGGUACUGAUGAUUUUUACGUGAUUCGUUGCUGUAUAUACUUAGAGGGACAACGUGAACGAUGGACUGAUGAGAAUUUGAACAUUCUUUCAAUUACAAGGUUGAAGCAGUUCACCAGUGUACCAGCUCAUCACGCCACCGUUGAUGCAAUUAAAUUCUUUUCCUCUCCCAGCGGCAGACGCUUGUGUAUUUCUGGGUCACGAGAUCGUUCAUUAAUAUUGUGGGAUGUCGAGAAUAUAGCGAGCCAGACUGAUGAAAGCGAUUGGCAUAUUGCAACUUGUGAAGCAGCUCACCAAGAGACACAUACUGCUUCAUGUACUGGCACAGUGUUACGCGUGUUGUGUGAUGGUGAGGAGGUUUUCUAUUCGACUUAUGAUCGCAAAGUGGGAUUGAUGGAUGUCCGUUCAGGGUUGGCAUGUGUAACGGAAGUUGAAUUUCAUAAAAGUCCAGUUUUGGAUUUGGCACAUACUCCAAAUAGCCCUUAUAUUUAUUCGUGUGGUGAAGAUUGUCGAGUUCUUUGCAUUGACAGACGUGCUUGGAAGGCAGUGAAGACUUUGAACUUACCAGCUUUUUCAAAAACUCUGUCUCUCAGUGAUAGUAACUUGCUUUGUGGGACAGCGAACGGAAAAAUAAUCAUGCUUAAUACCAAUGAUUUUUCUUCUGUUGGUGAGGUUUGCAUUUCACCAUUAUGCCAAAUUGUUCAAGUGCAGUUGACACCUGUGAGCCAGAUCUGCAUAACGCGUAAACGUGAUUUUAGGAUGUACACGACAGGGUCACGACCGUGUCUUUUUGCUGAGUGUAACGACUUUGAGACAGAACUUGCAAGGUUUGAUCUUCAUAAUGAGGAUUUGGCAAUCACUUGUGGUGAUGGCUCCAUAUUGUUUUGGCUACAACGGAGCUAA